AUGGUUAACCACCGGCCUUGCAAUAACCAGGGUCAAUUAAUCGUAACGCUCCUCCAAGAGGAAUACAAACAUCGCCGAGAGAAAAUGUACAUUGAAGGUGAGAAUGGUGUACAGAAGACCCAGACACUGAAUAGGAGCUGGAUCAGUUAUGAAUGGCAUUCGGUCCCGGGGACAUGGUUUAUGUGUGAAUGGAGCAGUUUUGCGGAAAUGAGAGACAUGUUGUAUGACCACCAGACGCCUGGGAUCCAUAAUAUUGGUGGGCUUUUUUCCUUGACCGAACAUAAACAGAAGCUGUUGAUUGUCCGCAAUGCACCUCUACCCAGCAAAGCCAGCAAACCAAGCCCCAACCGAUACCACCCAAACACCGAAUAA